AGUAUACAUUCUAUUUCGAGACCCAUGGUUGACAGAUAGGAUUUUUAUUGGUUCCAUUCAUUGGAGUAUAUCUUAGUAUGGUCCGUAUGGAGAAGAUAAUAUUCUUGGUGUUUCCAGAGCUUCUCUACAAGACAAAAACCUUCUGAACCAUAUGAAAAAAACAAACAAAGAAAGUCAUUUCCAUGUCGGUGAUGCAACAUUUGGAUUUCAAUAAUGCUGUCACCUAUUUUUAUAUAUUUGGAAAUUUCCGUGAAGUUAAAUAGGAUCAUCCAUGGCUAGCUUAGUCUUCAUUAUGAACAGAGAGAAACAGGGGAGGGAGUAAAUAUAUAAAGGUAUAAGUGAAGUUUUGGAAAAACAGCAAUGGCGGCGAGAUCACAGACUAGAACAGAGCUCCAAAUAUCGAGAAGAUGGGAAGAUAUAAGCUCCGAGCAACCCCAAUUCUGGUCGGAGCCGCCACGAGAUAAUCCGGACCGCCGCCAGGCUGCCGUCGUCUACUACCUCUCUCGAAACGGCCAGCUCCAACACCCCCAUUUCAUGGAGGUCCCCUUUUCUUCCUCUCAAGGUCUCUAUCUCAAAGAUGUGAUCUGCCGCUUGAAUUCCCUCCGCGGAAGGGGAAUCGCUUCCCUAUAUUCAUGGUCGGCGAAAAGGAGAUACAAGAGCGGAUUCGUCUGGCAAGAUCUGGAGGAGGAGGAUUUGAUAUACCCAACUCACGACCAUGAAUAUAUACUCAAGGGAUCGGAGCUCAGGGAUGAAGCAUUGACGCCUCCGCGCGAAGAUUGCGACCUCCCGGCGGCGGCGGCGGCGGAGAGGAGUCCUGGUAAACGGAUGCUUGGGAUCGAGGGAGUAAAGGAAGAGGCGGAGGCGGAGGAGAUGUUGAGUCAGAGCCAGAGAACGGAGCUGAGCAGAGGUGAGAUUUCGCCGCCGCCGCAGUCGGGUUCGAGUCCGGAGACGCUGGAGCGGUUGCUGAAAGCGGACGGCAGAGUGGUGUUGGUCAACGAAAGUCAAACCGAGGAAAAAUUUGAGGCUGCAAUAAACAAGUCUUCAUCUUCUUGUUUUAGAUUACGCUCCCUUUUCUAUUAGUAAGUGAUUUGUAAAAUAUGUUGGCUCAUAUAUGUACCAAAAUUAAAAUAAUUUUGGCAUUCUGAUUCAUAGUCCAUUCAUGUGGAGUAUAAUGUUCUCUUCUUUUUCCAUUCCUUGACAUGCUUAUUCUUUGAAUUGUGCACAAACCUUUUGGUACAAUGAAUCCCAAAUCCUUUGGAACUCUAGAAGGUAUGAAAA